ACAGUUAGUAUUUUUUGAAUUAACAGGUUUUCUGAGCUAAAAAUUUACUCAGCUGCAAAACAAAUAUGCUCAAAUGGCCAGCUCAAGAAGUAAAGUAUGGGGACCAACACAUCCGAGUGCAGCCUUUCUAAUAAAAUGUGCAAAAGAGAAAGAAAAGCUACGAUGUACCCUGCAGAACCAACUUCAAGAGCAUAUGUUAUGUAUGCUACAAAGUGAUCUGUUUUCUGACAUUUUGAUUGGUGUGAGCAAUUUCAAGCAACAUAAUUUAAAUGAAGAAAAUAUUGAAAAUCAGCAGAAACACCCAGAUCUCCCGCAUUUAAUACACUCCCAUAAAACUCUUCUGAAAGUAAGAACACCAGCUUUCUAUAAUCAUCUAACUGACCACAAAGAAAUAAACAUUGGAGUUGAAUCCUAUAAUUCAUAUUUGCAAGAAGCUGAGUUAGACCAAUUUUUGAGGAGAGUUUAUACUGAUGAUGAUAUCAGGAAGCAAGAAUGUGAAACUAUUCAUCUAAGUCGAAAAUACAUUGAAUUAAUUUGCCACAAUAAAGGGCCACUAAAUAAGCAUGUUUUAGAAGUUGAUGAAUUUGAAAAAGAAUCUGUAAAUUCUACUUGUACAGACAGUUUUGUUACCCCCAAAACCAGUCCGGUUUCUCCUGAAAGGAAAUCGGAUGUUCCCACCAUGUUUCGCUCUGCCCAAAGUAGGAUAGAAAAGCAGAAAGGCAUUCUUGGGAAUGAACUGCCUUCUGCUGCCGAAAUGAAAUCUAAGAAAGUUGAAAACAUUAACUCUAAUAAUAUAGAUCAAGCACAAGAAAAUGACUCCGAUAUUUUUGUAUCGUCUAAAGCCUCCGUCGUCGAAAAAAAGGAGACUAAAAAUUUGAAUUUGUUUAAUAAUGAUGGAAGCUUAAAUCAAUCACGUGAAUCUGAAUUUUCACUUCAUAUAGAUUUAUCAAAUUCCGAUCAAGAAUCUGAUUCAGAUGAUUAUCCCGUUGUUGGAAGUAUGGUCAGAAGUAAUACUUUUGAUCUAGAAACGCAAGGCUCUUUGGAAGAAGCUAUCGACGAUAAUAGUGACUGGUCAUAUAAGGACUUAAUUGGAAAAAAUUCUGAAGAAAGAGAAACUCCAGAACUGCAAAUAAGAGAACAUUUACCUUCUAAAAGAGCUGAGAGCUCUGGAUUUUUUCUGCAUGACCAUACUCCAUCUCCUAAAUCUAAUAUCUUCCGCAAUACUUUUUUAAAAGAUUCAUAUUAUAAUUCUGCCCAAGAAACUUGUUUCAGCUCUCCUAAUUCAGGUGUUCAAUAUCGUAGAAUCGAUGGCAGUAUGAGUGAUUCUGGUUUUAUGUCUCAUAGUACAUAUAGUUUGAUGUCUGAUACACCAUACCCGAAUUCUGUUUCAUCUUCUCUAAUCAUGUCAUCAGAAGGUGUGUCCAAUUCACCAAUCAGUAAUGCAAAUGUAAACUCCACUGGUAAUAUACCAAACUCAGUAAAAUCUGAGUUACCUGGAUCAAUGUUUCCCUUUUACAUUGACAUUAAAAAACUUUCACCACCUACUCCUGCAGCGAACAAGAUCAAAAAAUCUAGCCCUUCUCAGACAUAUAUGUAUAUUGAUGCCAAAUCUCCGAAAAUAAUUUAUUCUUCAAAAACAAGACCGCCACUGCUAAACAGUUCUUAUGAAGAGCUGUUCACAGAAAUCACCCCAGAGAAUGAUUAUCAUAAAAAAGAACCAUUAAUGAAAGCACAGUCUACCUCUCGGCUUGAUGCUUACUGUUACGAGCAAAAACAGUUUGAGUUGUCAUCGAGGAAUGAAAAAUUACGACCACAGUCUUGUUACAUGUACGUUGACCUGGAUUCAGUGGAAUAUGAUCCGAAGAAUGAUCCCUCUGGUGCGAGAUUGAAACGUCCUAUGAAUAAAGCAGAAACAACAUCUGUAUCAAUGUUUAUAGAUUUAAAUGAAGAUUUUAAAGAGGAUGUUAGCACCAGUGUUAAAAAUUCUGUUUGGGAUCGAGAAUCACACCAAAUUGACCAACAUGUGAUAGUGAAAAAAGAUAGACAACGGAGUUCUACAUUCAAUGCUCGAAGACGAAAAUUAUCAGAUCCCUCAUUAAAUAGCUUUCAGGGAAAUGUGGAAAAUAGAGUGAGGUAUUUUUCUCUUACUCGAGAGGGUAAAAGCAACUUUGGCGCUGAUCAUUCUCUGAAUCUCCAAGAAAAUUUUAUGCGUUUGAAAAGCUCAAGUCAAAGAAAAUCUCGAAGUGCUCAUAGAUAUUCAGAUGGAGUAUAUUAUGACCAUUUCUCACCGAUUCGAAUCUCAAAUAAUGUGUAUCGGGCUGAUGAUGAAAAAAUAUGUAAUAAUUCAAAAGCUUAUAUGACUCAACACAUAAAGUUUGAUAACCAAGCUUCCAAACUUAUUGAACAGUUAAAAAAUGAAUCUUCAGGUAGUUGUUCUGAUUUAGGCAAGGAUGACAUACAAAAUAAAUUCUUAUCUGACGAAAAAGUACGUUGGAAAUCAACUGGUGAUAUGGCAAAGACUAAGAGCUUAAAUAACAGUGAAGAGAAUGGUCUUCUCCCUAUGAGUCCUAUUUUGCGUCGAAAAAACAAUAGUUCAGAGGCAACAAAACCACCCUCUCCGCCUAUUUCUGUAAAGGCUUCAACAAAGCCCCAGGAUGUUGAUGCUAUGACGUUUCCAAAAUCAAUAAGGGACGACAGCCCCAAAAUCUGUAACAGAGAAACCAAAGAUGAUAAUAAGGAUUCUAAACCUGGAUUUCCUAGUCCCUUAGCAGUUCGAAAGAAAGCAGAUAUAUCUGAUGAUUCCAAAAGUUCUACUGAUAGUCUUCAAUCAGUAACUAAACCAGGAUUUCCUAGUCCUUUAGCAACCCGUAAGAAAGCAGAUAAAUCAGAUGACUCAAAAAGUUCUACCGAUAGUCUUCAACGAGCAGCGGAUACUGUAAGUUUUAAUCAAACAUUCCCUAAAUCAAAUGAUCUCCACAACAAUAGAAAUAAUUUGGCUGGUGAUAUUGUCCUUGAAUCAGUUAAAGAAAAAGUUACAAACUUUUCUCCUCUUGGCCUAUCACUGUCCUGCGAAUUUGAAGAUGACUCGGAAACAAUGUAUUCAGAAGUUUCAGAUGUCAGUUCAUCUUUAGGAGGGGUCGCAAGUUUAGAGCGCCGCUGGAGAGAAACUCAGAACCAACAAUCUGAAUUUGCAGAUAUUAAUGUGAAGAGUACUCAGCGCAUCCUGGAAGCUUGUUCAAAACUUGGGGAAGAUCUUCUGAGAAUGUUCCUCGAAGAAAUUGAUACUGAUAUCACAAUUGAAGUAGAAGGCAAGAAUAUUAAGGCUCAUAGAUGCAUUUUGUCUGUUAGAUGCCAAUACUUUUCAAAUCUUCUGAAGUCCAAUGAAAUUUUAAAAGAUAAUAGUAGUAUCAAGCUUGAAGGCUUCAGCUAUCUGUCUGUUCAUUUUGCUCUUUGCCAUAUCUACAGUGGAGCCAUGAACAUACCAAAAGAUUGUGAUAUUACUGAACUUACUCAUCUGGCAGAUAUGCUGUAUUUGAAAUCCCUGAGAGAUGUUAUUGUCUUUCAUUUAAAAAUGCAUUAUUGCCACUUUUUCCACAGGCCGUGUUUGCAAUGUUCUCAAGGUGUUGUGGAAUGUCUACCAUUAGUUUCUGCUUGUGGCUUAAAUGAACUAAGAGAUAAGUGCAUCUAUUGGUUAGGAAAGAACUUCACACGUACUUGGACAAACAAAUCUUUCGCUUCUCUUCCUGAGGAAUUACGUGAUCUUUGCUAUGAAGUCACUGUCUUGAAUUUGACUAUUGAAACUGUGAUUGACAUGACAUUAAACUGUGACCGAUUGAUAAAUACUUUGCCCCAGCUGAAAUGGACAGAACCUAUAUUUGGAAUGAUCACUAAACUUCUCCAAGAUUGUAUUCAUUUUAUGGCCAAAAAUUUUAACCAAAUUUUAAAAUCGGAAGGAUUCUUAGCUUUGGGAAAAGGUUUGAGUUGGAAUGUAACUGCUUUAGAAGAAGACAUAAUUUCUGCCAUUGAAUUGACUGCUCCAGAUAUGACAUGCAAAUCAUUUGAUACUGUCAAUCAGUUGAUACAGCUGGCUGAAUCAAUUGAAAACAUAGAUUCUGGAAUGUUUACACAGAAUUUUGUGGAUUUGUUACACAAGAUAAGUCGCCAUUGUGAGAGGUACCUCAUUCAAAAUGCAAACAAAGUGGUUCAUUGCCAAAGUUGGGCAUAUCUUGCUCCUCAUGUUCAGAAAAGGAUUAGGGAUGCUGCAGUUAUAGUAUUUGAAUUUGAAAAACCAACUGCUCCUCCUCCCCGUCUGUCCAGCUUACAAAGGAAACUGAAAAAACAGAAUGAAACAGAGGAACCCAUUUGCAUUGAAAGAUCCACCUAUCCUAAAAAAGGCAAAUCUCCGAACAGGAAACAGCAGCAAGAAAUUUCUCCAAAAAAUAACCCGCAAUGCAAUCCUGAAGUACCUGAAAGGAACGUGUUACGCCGAGAUUCAGAUUGCAUUUUGAAGAAGAUUGUUUCUCCCAUCAAAGAAGAAGUCAAUUACAAUUCCAUAGAUAAUUCUAGCCACGAUCUUUCUUACGACAUACCCCCUUGUGUCCCUCACCAAUCACAAUUAAGAAAUAAUUUAUUGAACAGAGUGUACCUUGAUGCUCACGAAGAGGAUAGUUUGAGAGAUUUGCAAGACUUGCCCCAGGAUCAAACUCAGUCCAACCAUUAUGAACCUGAAUCUGAGUCUCAAAUGAUUAGCAGCAUUGCUUCCUUGGAAUUGGAUGAUAGCAAAAGUCCAGCUCAUUGCAGUGACAAUCCAGAUAGCCUGGAGGCAAAUGAAGAGAUAUCAACUGACAGUAAGGAUGAAAUUGAUAUAUCUGCUUCUGCUGAUGGUUCUAGUCAAGAAAAGGGAGCAAAUGAAAAACCGGAAGUAGUAAAUAAGAACUCAAUUGAGUCUGUGAAGAAGGGGAAAACAGAGAUACCAGUGAAAGCAAACAGUCCACCUCCUUCAAUACCUCAACCCACACUGAUAAUUCAGACGAAAGAGCAAAAAUCCAACUCCAAAAUUCCUAAUCAAGAAGAAAAGGUUAUCAGAGAAAAAUCUCCAGUCAAAAGGUCUUUGGUUCCAACUUUAAAGACUUAUACUUCAGAAGAAAAACUACCUUUAACAUCAGAUUUGAAAGGAAAAGACCUUGUUGCUGAAAUUGAUGCUGAUUCACGAAUGGUUAGUCACUGUUUGCAAGAAGCGGAAAUGCUUGAACAGCAAUUGUCUCGUAAACUGCAACGUCAACAUCAAGAUGGAUCAACUACUGGUUCCCUGUACUUGAACAGUCCAGCUAGGAUUCAGAUGCCAUCUGAUCACAAGACAGCUAAAACUUAUGGUUCUCGAUUGCAAAAGGCUUCUUCUACUAGUCAAAUUAAAAAUCUUGUCACGGGCUCUUCCAGGGGACGAAGUCCUGGCCGGACUAUCAAAAGUAAUGCAUCUAGUCCAUCUGUAGGUCAUCCCCCUAAACUUGUGAAGUGCUCUGAAUCAGUAAAGGACAAAAUGCCCGUUAGGAAGUCAUCAGUAUCUCCAAAAAAUACAGGAUUGCCAAACAGCUCUUAUCGGCCUGGUGAAGCCGUUUCUAAACAAGGCCCAAUAAGUGUUCAUUUAGCAUCAAAAAGAAUGCCAACUAGAGUUAACCGGUCAAAAAUUAUAACUGUGACCAAUGCUCGGACUUCUGCUAGUGGUUCAAAAUAAAUAUAAACAGGAAAAGUUGCUUAUUGUAUUACCUUGCAAGUGAGCCAAAAUGUAAAAAAAAAUUUAUAUACAUGCUUGUAUAUAGUUAAAUACUGAUUUUAAAUGAAUAUCUUUACAGAAAACUUCUUUUUUAUAAUAUGCACAAAAUUAAGCACAUUAUUUUAUUUAUGAAUAAGUCAAGAUAUUCUUUUUUCUCACUGUGCUAUUUUACCUAUUUACCUUACCUGAGCUUGUGUAAAUAUUUAAUAUUUUUAUAAAUUUGUUUUUAAGUUUAUUAUUUUAUUUGCAAUCUUUUUACUUUGUUGAAAAUUUUAAAUUUUAUUGAUUUUAAUUUAUUAUGAGUACAAAUAUCGUCAGGCUUUAAUAUACAAAGCCGAAACUUCAUUAUGUAUGUUUAAAUUUGAUUUGGUUGCUAUUUAAAUGUAAGCAAGAAAAGUUGCUUACUAAUUUAAAAUUGUAUUACUUAUACCUUAAAAUAAAUCAUAAAAUAUUCAUUAAUUUAUUAAAUAAAUUAUGAUAAUCCUUCAAACGACAACAAAUAGUGAAGAGAUUGAUCAAAGUAGUAUAUACUUAUGUAGUAUAGGUUUAACAGUAAUGCAUAAGGUGCUACUUAGUUUCAAGUCUUCACUUUGAAAUUUUCUUAAACUAACAUUCAUUUUUUAGUACAAUUACAUAAUGGUUUUUAGAAUUUCUGACAAAAGUUCCUGUUUUUAAAUAUAUGUCAACAACACGUUUCUGUUUUUAAAGUUAUUAUUUAUAGCAUUUGGGGAACUCUUUAGAACCAAAAAAUUUAUGUCUCUAUCAACUAGUCACAUUUGCAUAUAACAAAUCAUGUGGUCUUGUUUAGUUUAGUGUAAUAUAUUAUUUUAUGAUAUAGAAUUCUAUUAUUUCUUUGAAAUGAUCUUAAUCCUAUUUUAAAUAGCUUUUUUUUUUUGAAUUAAAAAAAUGAAAUAAUUAAUUUUGAACUUUGAAGGGUUCUUGAAAACAAGUGCUUAAUAAAUCUGACAUAUAGAAUUAUCAAGUGCUCAAUUUCCUUUGUAAAUCGCUACCAUUUUUAUGUUAUCUUUUUCAAAUAAUGAAACAUUUAGUUUAGUUAUUAAUGGUUGAUCUGUAUUAUUUUUUGCAUUUUUAAAAUUUUCCUUCCCGUCUUUAUUUUUUAAGAACAAAUAAAUGAGCAUAUUACUUCAAUACUUUUAAUCAUAACAUAAGUAAGAUACUCAUUUAUUUUUUUUCUUCUGAUUUCUAAAAUUUUUUUCGAUGCAUUUCUUUCAAUAAAAAGGAAUCAAAUCCACAAAGUGCUUCCAUGUGCAUUAACGCAGAUCAAUCAUUUGUAAAAAUAUAAAUUUUAUAUCUUUUUUCUUAAUAAUUACAUCUACUAGAUCUUAACCAUUUGUAAACUGGAAGAAAAAUUGGUGUGAAACACAAAUAUAGUUAUUUAUUACAAUUUUUGUUUUUUUGACAACAGUUUUUAUGAACUGCUUGGAAGACAACCCUUUGCUUUCUUUUUUCUUUCUUCUGCUUUUUAAUCUUUUCUUAGUUUCGAUUUUCUUAUUUCUUCCCUCAUCAUUUUUUCUAACUCAAUUCUCAAAACUGUUACCUUUCUUACAUAUUAUUUUACAACAUAGGGAACGCAUUCUUUUCUUAACAUGUAUCUUAAUCCAUUUUAAUAACUGGCGUUUUUAAGAAAUUAAAUAUUUACAAAUGUGAACCAUUGGAAAUUCCUUAUUAGAUUUUAGGUUCAAAAAUUUUUCCCCCACUUCUUUAGUUGUUUACAUACAUAUAUCCUUAACAUACAAGAAUUUUGCAUUGUCACUCUAAUAGAAUUUUCUAAGUGAGAGCAACAAUUAUGCUUUGAUUGUUGUAACAAUUAUGCAUAAAUUGUGAUGAAUGUUAAAAAAAAGUCUGAUCUAUAUUAUAAUCGGAUAAUCAAAUCGCAUUGUCCUUAUAUGAGUAUGGAGGUUUGAAAAAUCUCAAAAUUUUUAUAAUCUUCAAAGUAUAAGCUGAAUAAAAUUUUUUAUGAAUAAAAUAAAAUCUUAUAACAAAUAUACUGAAUAAAAUUUUAAAACAAACAUCUUUUUCGAAUACAUAUUAAUGAAAACGUAGGACCUAAUAAUGAUCACACAGAAAAAAUGACAUUAAUAUUCAAGCAUUAAUCAAUUAGAAGAAUUGAGUGUUUGUUACAAAGUAUUAAACAUGAAUAAGCAUUGAUGAAAUAAAUGCAUAGCAUUAUUAUUAACAAAAAAGUAUUAUUAUUAGAAUUAUUAAGUAUUAUCUAUGAAUGCAUACCCUUCAACGAGUGACUUUGAAACGAUUUUAUAAAAAUGUUGCAGUUCUUGCAAUAGAUUUGACACUUAAAAUUCAGCUUUUAUAUUUGCUACUUUCUAAUGAAAAGCGAUUAGGGUAAACUUUUUUUUAAUAAAAAUAAAUAUAAGUAAAAAAAAAAUGAACAAGCAAAUUUUGUUUCUUAAAUUCUUAUUAAAAUAAAAUUAAAUUCAGUAACAUUUAGGUGUUAUUGAAUAAUCUAUUUUCGUUUUUCUGCAUCAUCUGGUAAGUUGAUGAUUUUCAUCAAAAUUUAAGGGGCACUUAACCCCUUGACGUACGAAGACGUCAUUUGUUUCUUAUGUCAAAACAAUAAAUGACGUGUCUCAGACAUCAAUACAGAGAUGCUAACUUUCUCCAGACAGCAAAUAAAUAUUUUAAAGUGGUAGUUUAUCAAUUGUGAUUCUUGGUUUAAUAAAUUCAAUUUAGUAGAUUUUUAUCCACCACUAUUUCUAAAUAGUUCGUAGUCUUAUAUAAUUCACUACUUUAUAGUAGUUAUGCCAUGCUAUGCCUUUUAAAAAGUAAGCAAAAAUAGUCAAAAGAUUUAGUUUGUAAUUAUUUGCCGUUUUUUUAAUUUAUAAUUUUGGCAUGUCCGUAGCAGUUUGCAUCUCUGUCAACAUUCUGUUGCGAGUUGUUGUUUACAGUGCAAUCAAAGAUCAUUUCUAUAUCAAGAAAUGAUGUGUCGAGGGUUUAAUCAGUAUUUCAAUUUAUUAUUGAUUAAAUUAUUUAUAUGCCUGGCUGAGCAUAUAAGGGUAAAAGAUACAUACCCAUUUCAGUAUGUGACCCAAGCAUGUUGGGCACUUUAAUUUUUAAUGAUUGGCAAUAAAAAAAUCUGUAUA